GCGCUUUUAUUGUCAUAAUUAUAUUAAAAGCUAAAUUUUCACUAAUCAAAGUCCUUUAAAUCUUUCAAAGCCGCACAUUGUGGUGUAAAAAAUGUCAAGUGGAUUAUCUGAAGAAGAAAUCAAUGAACUGCAAGAGCUCAGAGACCUGGCGCUAUUUAUUGGAUCAGCUGUACGACCAGAUAAAAGUCGCAUAAAUUGCGGAUCGUGGCUUGUGACUGCUUUCCUUUUUCGGACCACAGCGCACGCGAGCUCUGUAACAAAGACACACGAGAACCAGGUGCAAAUGAGAUCCUUCCUUUAACUACUUCAGCCAGUCGCAAUGCCCUUCGUCAAGCAACAGAAGAACAAGGCCUACUUCAAGCGUUUCCAAGUCAAGUACCGCAGAAGAAGAGAGGGUAAGACUGAUUACUAUGCCCGUAAGAGACUUGUCGUUCAAGCCAAGAACAAGUACAACUCUCCCAAAUACAGAAUGGUUGUCCGUUUCACCAACAAGGACAUCAUCUGUCAAAUCGUCUAUGCUAAGCUCCAAGGUGACUUUGUCCUUGCUGCUGCUUAUGCUCACGAACUUCCCCGUUACGGUAUCAAGGGUGGUUUGACCAACUGGGCUGCUGCCUAUGCCACUGGUCUUUUGCUUGCCCGUCGUGUUCUCACCAAGCUUGGUCUUGCUGACAAGUACGAAGGUUUCGCUGAACCCGAUGGUACCGUUCAAAUGGUUGAAGCCGCUGAAGAUGCUCCUCGUCCCUUCAAGGCUUUCCUUGAUGUCGGUCUCGCUCGUACCUCCACUGGUGCCCGUGUCUUUGGUGCCAUGAAGGGUGCUUCCGAUGGUGGUAUCUACAUCCCCCACAGCGGUAACCGUUUCCCUGGUUUCGAUAUUGAAACCAAGACCAACGAUGAUGAACUCCUCCGUAACUACAUCUACGGUGUUCACGUCGCUGAAUACAUGGAAUACCUUGAAGAAGAAGAUGAAGAACGUUACAAGAAGCAAUUCUCCACUUUCAUCAAGGAAGGUAUCACCUCUGACAUGGUCGAAGACAUGUACUCUGCUGCUCACGAAGCUAUCCGUGAAAACCCUCUUCCCGAAAAGAAGGAAGCCAAGAAGCCUGUUAAGACCGGUCCUCAAUUCAACAAGCGUGUUCGUCUCACUAGAAAGGAACGUCUUGCCAAGGUCAAGGCUGCCAAGGCUGCUUUCGCCGCUGAUCAAUAAGUUACCUUGUUUAAAAACACUUGUGGUGUUGUUGUAAUAAAAUAAUCUAUUACCAUCGAAUUAAUAAUGAUGUUUGCGACAUCUUUUGUAUGAUAUUAAAAAGAGAUCUAGAGCC